GGAAAAAUCAAUCUGUUUGAGAAAUGGCUUUGGCUUUCACUUCUUCAACUGCAAUUCAUGGCUCUCUCUCUUCAUCUUCUCAUCAACAACCCAUAGUAUCCCAAUUGGGUAACAUUCAGCUAUUGGAUCAGCCAAACAAAUUCUUGAAUUUUUCUCAGAGGCGUUGUGCUGUGAAGCCAUUAUAUGCUGAACCUAAAAGGAAUGAGUCCAUAGUUCCCUCAGCAGCAACCUUUGUUGUUCCUGAGGUAACGGAGAAAGUAAUAGAGGCAGAGGAUUUUGAGAAACUGGCUAAGGAUCUUGAAAAUGCUUCACCUCUUGAGAUUAUGGAUAAUGCCCUUGAGAAAUUUGGAGAUGAUAUUGCCAUUGCUUUCAGUGGUGCAGAAGAUGUUGCUUUGAUAGAGUAUGCACAUUUAACUGGUCGACCAUUUAGAGUGUUCAGCCUUGAUACCGGGAGGUUGAAUCCAGAGACCUACCAACUUUUUGAUGCUGUCGAGAAGCACUAUGGCAUUCACAUCGAAUACAUGUUUCCUGAUCCUGUUGAAGUUCAGGCAUUAGUAAGGACCAAGGGUCUUUUCUCAUUUUACGAGGAUGGCCACCAAGAAUGCUGCCGUGUUAGGAAAGUUAGGCCCCUGAGGAGAGCCCUCAAAGGUUUGCGUGCCUGGAUCACGGGGCAAAGAAAAGAUCAGUCCCCUGGAACUCGAUCUGAAGUUCCAGUUGUUCAGGUAGACCCCUCUUUCGAGGGAUUGGAUGGUGGCUCAGGAAGCUUGGUGAAGUGGAACCCGGUGGCUAAUGUAGAAGGCAAGGACAUAUGGAACUUCCUACGUGCAAUGAAUGUUCCCGUGAACUCUUUGCAUUUGAAAGGUUAUGUCUCUAUUGGAUGUGAACCUUGCACCAGGCCAGUCCUACCUGGGCAACACGAGAGAGAAGGAAGGUGGUGGUGGGAGGAUGCAAAGGCCAAGGAAUGUGGCUUACAUAAAGGAAACAUCAAAGAUGAAAGUGUAAAUGGUAAUGGGAACAAUGCUACCCAAGCAAAUGACACGGUUGCUGAUAUUUUCGACACUAAGGACAUUGUUACCUUGAGUAGACCUGGAGUUGAGAACCUAUUGAAAUUGGAAGACCGAAGAGAGCCUUGGCUUGUUGUUCUUUAUGCUCCUUGGUGCCAAUUCUGCCAGGCAAUGGAAGGAUCAUAUGUUGAAAUGGCAGAGAAGUUGGGAGGUUCUGGUGUAAAGGUAGGGAAGUUCAGGGCAGAUGGUGAGCAGAAAACAUUUGCACAACAAGAGUUACAGCUGGGCAGCUUCCCGACAAUACUAUUUUUCCCUAAGCACGCUUCACAGCCAAUUAAGUACCCAUCAGAAAAGAGGGAUGUAGACUCCUUGUUGGCUUUUGUGAAUGCUCUUAGAUGAAGGCAAAUGGUGCUUCAUAUGUUUACACAUAUAAUAGAUAGAAUAGAAGAGGGACGUGAAUUCUUGUACAUGUCUCUGGCCUCAAUUUUGUGGUUUCUAUGGCAAAGAUGUUGCUCUUGCUAUUGCUGCUUUGACAAUACACAAGGUUUUUUCCCUUU